CUUUGUCCCAAGUUUUCGCGGAGCUUCCUCAUCCCCGCUGCGAUCGGCGUCCCAAUCCCCCUACGGCCCCCCAAUUUUCAGACACCCCUUGCGGUCCCGCCCCCUUUCGGAACUCCUGGGGACCCCUGGACUCCCGCCCAACUUCUCUGCCGCUAAAAAUCUCUUUUAUUCCUCGACCGCCCCCCACCCAGGCCCGCGGGACCCCUACCAUGGCCCGGUCUUACGGGGGCCGGGUGCUGGCCGCGAUGACCCUGCUGGGCAUCCCGGCGGCGGUGCUGGCGGCGCUGGGAGCGCAGCUGCUGUUCCAGCUGCAGGCGGGCCGCGCGGAGCUGCGGGGAAUGCGCGCCGACGGGCUGGGCCCGGAGCUGGACGCCGGCCCAGGGCUGCCCGAGGACGCGGCCGGGGCGCUGCUGCCUCUGGCCGCCGCGCUUGCUGCGCUCGCCCUGGUGUUGGGCCUCACCAGCCUUCUGCUCGCCGCGCUCUGCGGCCACCUGGGCGCCGAACUGGCGCGGGGGCCGGGUCCCGGCAGGUCUGACUGGUUUCUCUAUGACUGCCGCCUCCUCAGACACGUGGCCCUUGGCCUCUUCUGCUGCGGGGUCUCUGUCUACUUAGCAGCACUGUCCAUCUACGCCCUGCUGCUCUUUGAGAUCGAGACAGGUGCGGCCGCCGCCUCCAUCCUCGGAGUGGGUGCUCUGGUCCUGGUGGCGGCACUGACCCACACUCUGGUCCGAGCUGCCCGGGCCACCCGCCGUGGCCUCCACGAACUGUCCCCACCGCACUUUGAAGAGGAUCCUGUCCGUCCUGCUGAAGUCUCCAAGGCCAGCCCCAGGGCUCAGCCCCAGCAGGGUACCCACCACCGGACCCCCUACUCAUCCUUCCCAGAACCUGGGGACCCCGUCAGACCCACGGGUGCUGCUACAGCGCCUACGGCCAAGGGAGGAGGCUGGGAGGGCAGCCUGCCUUUAUCCCGCAUGCACCGGACACUGUCAGCUGGCAGGGGGCACUGGGAAGGGAUCACCCAUGAGAUGCGCAGCAUGCUGGGCCACAGGCCAGGGGGCUCAGGGAAGGACUCCACCCUGGUGUGAACCCAGGGACCAGGGACAGAGACCUGGGAUCAGGCAGCAGGAAGAGGAUUCUGUAAAGAUAAGUCUAGGCUCAGCCAUAGUAGCAGUAUGACUUGAUUUCUCCGUUCACAGCAUCCCUGGUUUUUGUCCUGAAGGUUGCUUCAUGGCACAAAAUGGCUGCCAGGGCUCCAGCCUUCAUCUCCUCUCAGAGGGAAAGGCAGAGGCCAGGGCAGGCUCGGUAUCUUCUGGAAAUCUCCCCGGGAAGCCUGGGGGCCCUCCUGUUUAUACCUCACUGGAGAGAACAGUCACAUGGCCACAUCUCGCGGCAGGGGAGGCUGGGAAAUGUAGCUAUCCAGAUGUUAUAGGCAGGAGGGAGGGUUGGGCUUAUGCCGUGGUUCUCUAAAUGUCUCCAUCC